GCGGUGACGUGGGGUGCUCACGUGAUCUCGAGCUGCAGGGCGACGCAGCCUUCGGUGCAGUCGUCACUUCUGUCUGGGUACCAGCUUCCCGCUCCCCCGCGCACGGCGGGUUGGCAUUGGGCCCGCGGCAAGCGGAGCAGGUCUGCCGAACUAAGUGUGGCGGCUGCGCACUCGUGGCCAGGAUCGGAAGGAGCAGGAGACAGCGAGGAUAGGCCCAGAAAAAUAACCGGGGGAAAAAAAAUCUCAUCAUGGCUAAUAUCCACCAGGAAAACGAAGAAAUGGAGCAACCCGUGCAGAACGGAGAGGAAGACCGCCCUUUGGGAGGGGGCAAAGGCCACCAGCCAGAAAGAAAUCAUAGACGGGGACAGGCUCGCCGACUUGCCCCUAAUUUCCGAUGGGUCAUACCCAAUAGGCAGGUCAAUGAUGGGAUGGGUGGAGAUGGAGACGAUAUGGAAAUAUUCAUGGAGGAGAUGAGAGAAAUCAGGAGAAAACUUAGGGAGCUGCAGUUGAGGAAUUGUCUGCGUAUCCUUAUGGGGGAGCUCUCUAAUCACCAUGACCAUCAUGACGAAUUUUGCCUUAUGCCUUGACUCCUGUCAUUUCCAUGAGAUUAAUACUGUGAUUUCCACUGUUGUUCUGUUUUUCCUUGCAUUUUCCUGAUAAUGCCUUUACUGAUCCGUUUGCUGUGAACCUUAUGUAAUUUCAGUGUGUCAGGUGGGUUCUGUGUUACCAGCUUCUAAUUGCAGAUUGCCUUGGCACCCAAUCUAAGUUUCUGUCAACAGUGAAGUUUCACCCAUUUGCAUGGAAAAAUGUAAAGUUAAUAAAGUAAUUAAAAAGCAA